AUGAAAACUUUCUGUGAAGUUUUAGCUCAACUGUACAAGAACAUACUUCUUGGAGCUUCACUUGAAAAUGACAUGAAAAAUGAAAAAGAUGAUUACAUCUUUUAUCUCAAUCCAGCAUUUCUAGAUGAAGAUUGCUCUAAAGUGACUUCCACAGAGCGGUCAGCUCAUCAGCCAUGUUCUGUCAGUGUAGCUGCUGUUUCAGUAGCACCCAUGUGUUUGAAGAAAUUCCCUGAAAUAAGCAGUGCUCGAGAAAUAAUGCUGCUUCAAUUAACAGUGAUCAGAGUGAUGAUAGAUAGAAUAUUGUCUGUCAAAACCGAGUUCCAGAUGAAGAAGAAAUACAGAACUUUGGUUAAAAGUCUUCUAAGAUCAUACCAAGUAGAUUCUAAAUUAAUCUGUGUGUUCCAAAGUUCAGAUAAAUUACUGUCUCAUAUGACAGCAGAAUGUCUUGCACUACUUCUGUACUUCCAGCUGAGAGAAAACAUAACUUUGAGCAAUUCUGGAAUUACUUUUUGCCAAAAAAAUCUUUCUGAAUAUUCUGAGAGUAAUACAGUAGUGUACUGCCUCAGGACUCUCACAGUGAUAAUAAAAGAAAUCUUUAAAGAUACAUGUGCACAAAAAACAGAAAUUCUAAGGGCAUUCCUGGCUCCUUUUGAUACUACUUUUGAAGUAUUUUACAUUUCCUUACUUUCUCAGCAUUUUGAAAGCAUCCAGGAGACUUCAAAAGUAAUAAGCAGCUUGAUUGGGUUUUUGGAGUUGCUUGAACUUCUUACAGCCUCUAGACUCUACCUGAAGUUGUUUUAUACUUGCCAGAGGAUUUUCUUUUUGAAACCUACUUGUGUGCUAGAUGUCCCUACCUGGCCUAUUCCAGGUUUUGUCAAAAGGAAAUUCAUAAUCUUCAUUAAAAAGUGCUUGCUCUGUAAAGUGAGUGAAGACCUCUUUCGUGGAUGUGCUCCAGUCUUAAUGCCAACGGAUCCUCUUUUUUAUGGGGACAUGUUGACUGUAGCGAAUGCUGUUUUGCAAGCUGUGAAUUUAGGAUGGCUCAGGACCUUGUCUGUUCUUGGGAAUCCUGCUCGCUUUGGAGGCGAAAACACUCAGCCUGGGAAAGAUAGCAACUCUGGUCUGGAUCAUGUGACUCUGAGAGCUGCAGCCUUAGUUUUAAUUAAAUCCUUAGAAAUCAGGGUUCAAAAUUGUCCUUCACCAAAGGAAAUACAAGUUGAUUUACAGAGAUACAUGUCUGAAUUAUUGAACUUCUUAAAGCCUUAUCUCCAGCCUUUUCCCCGCUUACAUAGUCCAUGUGAGUGGCUGUCUAGGAUCUUCAUAGAACAGGAUGAUGACAUGCUGGAGGCUGCUAAAGCAUUAUUGGAAGUCUACCUAAAGUUGUCCAGGGAAUGUUGUCUUACUACUGAUAAUUCAACCCAGGAAAAACAAAUGUGGAAUCAUCACACCCAUGAAAAUGGUUAUAAUCCUCACUGCAUUUUCUUGUUCUUCUUAAAAAGUAUAGGAUUUGAUUCUACAGUUCUUCUUGAUUUUUUAAUUUCAUCAGAAACUUGUUUCCUUGAAUAUUUUGUUAAGUACUUAAAAUUACUCCAAAAAGACUGGUAUAAUUUUUUUACCAUUUGCAAGUAUUUUGAUGCACCUGAGUCAAAAGAUGGAGUAACCAUUUGUACCCCCUUGACUGACCCAGACAGAAGCAUCGAUCAAACAGAACCACAUUUUUGGACUAUUCUAGGUGAUCAGAUAGAUGCUUCUGCUUGGCCAUCCUGGGCUUCUGGUGAUUCUUCUGACCCACUGGAGAGUCAGAGUGACUGCUACCAGGCCAUGAUACCCAACAAGUCCCAUUUCAGGCUUCAAACUGCGAGUUGGUCUUCCCCUCAAACUUCUCAAAGUUUGGUAGAUUAUGACAGCUCUGAUGAUUCAGAGGAAGAAUCCACAUUCCAGUGCUUAGCAAACAGGAAGCAGACAUCAUUACACCAAGAAGCAGUUAAGAAGAUUCAGGACACAUCUGCAAUAAGUAAGGGUGAAAAAGAGCUAACCCUAGAGCUUCAUUCAGGAUCUUUGGUUCCAGAAGAAAGUAAUUAUUCCUUUUGUGAUGAUCAUGAGGUAAGUCAAAAGAGCACUGUCUCUGAAGUAUGGAGAGCUUAUAGAACAGUUAAAUGCUUGGAAAGACUACAAGGUGCAAUUUACCGUUUGCAGAAGAAGAAUCUUUUUCCAUAUAAUCCAACAGCACUUUUAAAGUUGCUAAAAUCUGUUACAGCUUUAUAUAAUAAAAGUAUGCAUCCUUUGUAA